AUGGCGGCACUUCCGCAGAAGAAAUAUUACCGGCAAAGAGCUCAUGCAAAUCCUAUGGCCGAUCACACUCUUGAAUAGUGAGUAAAAUAUUUAGAAAAUUACGGUAGUGAAGUUUUGAGUUAUGGUAAGGUCAGAAUAGGCGUACAAUCACUAAUUCACGUUUGGGGUGCGUGGAGUGCGGUAUUAAACAAUUGUGGGGCUGUCCUGGUGUACCGGUACACGGGGGAAUUCCUAAAUCCAAUUGUUUUGACGUUCGUUAUCCGUUCCUCUUACCGAGACUUGUUUUAGUGAUAUCCGGUUCUUACCGAGACUUUGAUUCAUCAGGAUAUCACAAAAACCGAAUCUAAAUGAUUAUUUUACAAUAAAUUGAACGAAAAAGAUGGUCACGAGAGUAAGUGAAACUAGUAAUUUUUUUCUAAACGUGCAAAAAUAUAAAAAUCAGCAAGCAACACAAAGCGCGCAAACAUGAAAUGAUUAACGGUGACCUUGAGUGACCUUGACACGAUUAUUGUAUUAUUUGCGGCCAGAUGACGUCCCAGGCACUGAUUUAAAAAAUUCAAUGUACACCUUCAGCCAAUCAAAAAAAGACAUAAUGAGUUGAAUGUAUAAUAAACAAGAAUAAAAGUAGUAAUUAUUUUAUCUAUGCGAUGCAGAUAAGUUUUAGGUCAUUCUGUAGUGUUGGAGGGGAGGGGGAGUAUAAUAUGUUGGUUGAAAAGAUAAUUAGGUGUGCAUGCAUGUUCUCUCCUCUCAUCUAGUCUAAUGUCUCCGGCAGCAUACUUAAGUUCCCCAUUAUUGGGUGAAGGGGGGGGGGGUGCCAGGGGGGGGCUAUUAGGAGGUGGGGGUUGCUGGAGGGGGAAUAUUUCAGUGGAAGACAAACUGCUCAUCUUUUAAUGUACUUGCAUGUUUUAGUGAGUGGAUUUAUUGAGGAUAAUAUUGAAACCAGGAUAAGUUCAUUUAAUUGUGAGAAGAUGGUAUGAAAGUCACAGGGACGUAUUUCAAGGCACAAGAAAAGUAGUGAUUAAGGACUAUUUUUAAAAACUGAAUCAUUGGAUAGCAUAUUUCAUGAGUUUUCAAGAGUUUCCAAGUGUUUAUAAUAUUCUGUUUGUUCUUAAAAAAUAAACUUGGGAAGAUUAACUUAUAUUUUGAGGCCUUUCUAAUAAAACAAUUUUUCCUCCUACACUGGUUGGAUAUGAGGUGAUCAGAGCCAACCUGGUCCCUACAGGCCUCCUUAGCUAUCUGUCAUCUCAUUUCCAACAUGCACUUUUGUAGUAAUUGUUUAUCAAACAAUAAAAUCCAUCAGCUGCAAAAUUCAGGGAACAAAAUAGGGACUUGUUUGCCCUCUCCCCUUCCUUACUAGGGAGCACUGCAAUACAUUUUUUACAUGUAUCUUAAGAGUUAAGAGAUAACCAAAUAUAUAGACAGAGAUAUAAAAAGUCAAUUAAUUUUGAAGCACCUUAAAUAGUAAUAUUUCAUUAUGGAAAUGAUAUUAGAGGUCUCACAGGGCUUACUGUAAUUUGUGAAACAAAAUGAAACAGAUUCCCAUUUUGCAAACUACAGAUUUUUAUUUGUAAAUUACAGAUUUUGGAUUAAUUUUGCAAAUUACUUGAUUUUGGCCAAGGAACUGUAUGCUUCAUUUCCUGAUUAUUAAAAAACUGAUGAUUCAUGCUCUUCUUACAGUCCUGUAUCUCCAGAUGCAAUGGAUUGGAGAACUCUGUUUCCUGCUUUCUUUCCUGAAAAAGAUGACAAUGGAGAACACACAGUUUGCAAAACCUCAAGAGUUGAAUUUGCAGACAUAGGGUGUGGAUAUGGCGGCCUUUUAGGUACAUAUGUCCUGACUUUAACAAACAGACUCCACGUGUUGUGCAUCUGUUUAGUAAGAGAUCAUAGGUAAUGCCAAAAUGUGGUAAGAACAAAACAAUUAACACACAAGGUGCAGCUGAGUGUGUCACUGAUGUUCCAACUGCAUUUUGACAUCUUCUGUAAUCUAUUACAGUAACUGUACAGACCCACAACAACAUGGGAUCUAUUUGUUCUAUAAGAUAAACAAACAAACAAAACGCUGUAAAUGAUGAUGUCAUCUAUUCAUCAGUCCCCCAAUACAUCAUGAGUAAGAACCAAUCAAAGGUUCAAUCACCAAUCAGACCUAUUGAGGUUCAAUCACCAAUCAGACCUGCACCAAUCAGAGCUGUUGAAAAACAACUAAUCACAGUAGAGCAUCAUGCUUAUAAGAUCACACAUGACCAGUCGACCUCAUUGCCAGAAGAAGACUAGCAGUAUGCAGUCAAAACAUCACGAUCUACAUCAAUCGUGACUACAUCGUGAGGCAAACAAAAAACUUAGCUUUUAUUGUUAUUCACCACGAUGAAUAACCACAAUCUUUUCUACAAAAUCAGUCAAAAUAUGUGUAUAAUCCAACCAAUAUAACUGAUAUUAGACCACAGUAACUUUAUAGAGCUACUAUAACAACAACCUUAGACAUACAGUCAUAUGUCAGAGCUGUCUUAACCCUUUACACCCUAACAUUAGUAAAGGUAUUCUCCUUACUGUUCUUCAUACAUUCCCUUUGGUGCUGACAAGGAGAAUUUGUGUAACAAUCAACAGCUUCUUUUGCUGCUGAUAAUUUUCUUUAUUCCCAUAACUUUACUGCAUGAUUCAGGAGUGAUAUUGUAGGGAGAAAUUAGAUGCUAGUCACUCUUAAGGGUUAAAGGGUUAAGAGAAUUUAUCAAGCCCCAUUUAUAUUUUCAAAAUACUUUUAUGUUUUGCAGUGGAUUUAUCUCCCAUGUUUCCAGAUACACUUAUGGUUGGCAUGGAAAUAAGACUGAAGGUGAGAAUCAGAGGAUUUUGUGUGCAAUUUUAUUAAUUCUGUGCUUGUCCACAAAUGUUCUUGGGGGCAUUUAUGUUGUGUGAACUUGCCAAUCAAAAGUGCUUGAUUGAUAAAACUGACCUCCUUACGGAAUUGCUACUAUGAAAUAAGUUUGGUGGGAGAAAGAUGGUUUUUCAUUCUAUAUUAAAAACAUUGUUUGAUGAAUCAAGAGAGUGGUUAUAAAUACUAUAUUAAUUGAUUGUUAGAUGUGACUCUUAUGAUAACCCGAACAAUGUACAGUUUUCUUCAAGAACCACGGAUAUUCCUGAACUUCAAACCAAACUCCAAAUGCAAUGAAAAAUUGUUAACCUAUUCUGACAAUUGUAAACAUUGUUCACUGACUUGAUUUUGCAAUUUUUCCCCUGGAUAUAGCAAGGAUUUUAGUAAAUGCAAUAUUGCAAAUAUAUGUAAUGUCAAAGGUGUAAAAAGGUGCAAGUAGCAUUAGUAAUUGAAUUAUGUUGCUAGUAGCAUUUAUAACCAUAUUUGCCAUAUAAUAAGUAGUUUAGUUGUUAGUAUUGUAUGCAACAUAAGUCACUGUGAAUAUGACAGUGAUCUUUGCUGUAAUGAACACUACUUAUUUAAGUAGUAGUUAAAAGAAGGCCUGAAAAAAAAUUCAGGCCUGUACGGGAUUUGAACCCAUGACCUCUGUGAUACCAAGCAGGCCUUCUUUUCACUACUACUUAAGUAGUGUUCAUUACUGCGAAGAUCGCUUUCAUAUUCACAGUGACUUAUGUUGCAUACAAUACUAACAACUAACCACAGUUCAAAUAUAUGACCCACGUAUUCACAACCGUUUAUAAGUCAUUGUAUUGUAAUUUAUAUAGUGUAGCAUUAGUAUUGUUAGUUGUGUAUUUUGUAUUUUGUCGUAAGUAAUGUGAGCACUGUAUUGUAAGUAUUAAGUAGCAUAAGUCUAGUAUUGUAAGUGGCAGAAUUAAUAAUAUUGAAGAAAAAGUACAUUUCCCAGCAGCUGAGUAACCACAGCUCACCUUGUGUUAGGAUUCUAAUUUCCACAUAACACUUGGGCUAUGGAUAAUACUGCCACAAAAUGCUUUUAUUUAGGUCAGUGACUAUGUUAGUGAUAGAGUGAUGGCUUUAAGAAAAGCUAACCCAGGACAGUACCAGAACAUUCAUGUGAUAAGGACUAAUGCCAUGAAGUACUUGCCCAACUAUUUUCACAAGGGUCAGGUAAGUUUGUGUCUGAAUCAUCACAUUACAGCAAUAAAGAGGAUGUGAUGUGAACCCUUUCAUUCCCAAAUGCCAUUAGUUAUUUUCCUUACUGUCUGCCGUACAAUUUGUAUGAUGUUAGUUGGGAGAAUUAGGUAUUAGUGAUCCCCUAAUUGAUACUUUUCUUUAUUCUCGUCACUUUUCUGCUUGAUAUUGUAUUGAUAUUGUUAGGAGAAGUUCUGUCUUGGUCACUCAUGGGAGUUAAAGGGUUAAACAAAUCACAGUGUGAAAUUAUGGUAUCAUAACUUAGGUUUUCCUUUUGUACACACUUGUUCAGAAUUUUUUUUGGGUUAACUAAGAAUUGAUAUGCAAAAUCAGACAUGUUGACAGUACUUUCAAUUUAGUCAAGUCCAAAUUUGAUGAAAAUCAUUGAAAUCUCUGUGUCUGCUUUUGAAUUGAUAUAUUUUAAAUCAUUGACCAAAGUAAUAGCUGUUUUUCUUUGAAACAAGUGACCAAUUGAAAUUUGUUGCUGUUUUGUUUGCAUCUUUUGCAGUCAGCUAAAUAGAACAUUUACCCCUUUCCACUCUAAAAUCAGGAUGCAUAUUCUCCCAACUGCUCUCCAUAUAUUUCCUGAGGUGCUGGCAAGGAGAAUUUGUUUAAUAAUCAAGAGCUUCUUUAGUUGAUGAUCAUUUCUUUUAUUCUCAUGACCCAAAUGUGUGAUUCAGUGGUGAUGUUGUAAGGAGAAAUUAGAUGCUGGUCACUCUUAGGGGGGGGGGGGCAAAGGGUUAACCAAUACUUAGCAAACUAUUUAUUUGUUUACGUCAACUUUGCAGCUCAAAAAGAUGUUUUUCCUGUUUCCUGAUCCUCAUUUCAAGCAAAAGAAACAUAAGUGGAGAAUAAUAAGGUCAGGAGAACGGAAAAAGAUGGCUGCAUGGCUGCCAUAGGAGGGGGACAUCGGAGGAGGGGGGUCUAAACGCCACAAUACUGCAAAAAAAAAGAAAAAAAAUGACACACACCGCAAUGUUGCAACGAAAUUCGCCAGAUGCCAUAAUACUUCAAUAUCUAGUUGAAACUUGAUGUCAAGUCGACACCACUACUCUGUAUGUUACAUUUAGAGCAAAGAGCAUGGAAAUAACUAUUAAGAAUUUGUUCAUGAACGUCAAGUCGAGUGCUCUUCACUUCCAGUCUGUUUCUGAAACAAAUGGAAAUUAGAAAGUGCUCAGAAAUGGUGGAGGAUUUGGAGGAUGAUCUUUGAUAUCGUCCACAAUGCUGAAAAACUGCAUCGCGCUGGUUCAGAGGAUACUGCAAAACCAAAAAUUAAUUUUACCCCAAUACCGCAAAACCCAAUGUCCCCCUCCCAUAGUAACGUGGCAUUGCAGCCACGUUUAAAUCAAGAACAUCCAAUAGAAGAAGUAGAAUCUAAAUGGAACACUUCCGAAUUGUACUUGAAAUCAAGCUUUGGAGGACUGCAUCCGAUAAAUUUUGAAUUUCUCUUCCGCAAUUGAAGGACUUUGUCUUCCGUGGUUAUUUUAGGUGCAGUUCAAACUAGGAUUUUUCUCUCUCAAACGCCGUUAGUUUCACUGGAUUAAUUACCUAUUUUUCUUUCAGCCCUACAUUACUAGCUGAGUAUGCAUAUGUUUUAGCGGAAGGGGUAAGUCACCUUUGAAAACAUUUUUUCAGGAUGUUAUCGUGUUAUUGGGAAAAGCCAAUGUAAUAUUAGGUUACUUAAUUAACUGUGAGCAGUAACUAUUAAAUGAGGUAUGUUUUCUUAACACAGUAAAUUUUCUAAAUAGACAUGUACUCUAAGUUGUUCAGGUUGUUUCUAAUUAGAUGUAAACUUUCGUUCAAGCCAUCUUUAUUUGUGUUUUUAUAAGGGUCUUGUUUACACAAUAACUGAUGUUCCUGACCUGUGUGACUGGAUAAAGAAGCAUUUCAUGGAACACCCGUUAUUUGGGGCAGUCAGUGACGAUGAGCUGGUAAAAAUGAACACUAGUCAAGUAGAAAAGUGUCUCUAAUGGGGAAACUCGGGGCUCUGGGGUUUUAAUGAGCGAGAUCGUCCGUCAAUAGAGCUUAAAAACAGAGAAGCGAGUGAAAAAAAUUUUAAUAAUAAUUUUUAAUAAUUUAUUACUUAUAUAGUGCAAAAUACAUGUGGAUAUGAUCUAUGAUAUGAUUUCGCUAAAAAUUUUAGGUAAUGUGACCUUAGGUGCAACCGUGAUUGAACGAGAGUUUCCGUUGAGUGAAUUUUGACAGAAGUCAGUUUUAGAUCUUUGUACAUGCAUUAAAGUCCCGGCCGAGGACUGCGCAGUAUGCAAUAUAUAAAGUUUGUUUCAAUUUUCUGCACAGGCGCAGGAUCCCGUCGUAGAAAAACUGUACCAAAGCACAGAGGAGGGACAAAAAGUUACUAGAAACAGAGGAAUCAAAUUAGUGGCUGUAUUCCGACGGAUUCGAGAUCCGUACCUGACGUAA